GUUUUUUUCUCUCUCAAAAAUACACCGAUAAGAAGCAAACAAGGAACAACCACAGGACUGCAGGGGUUUGUAUGUAACUAUUUCUCUUCAAUAGCAGUACAGCAGGGAUAUAUAAAAAAAAACCAUGAAAAGCCAAUUAAUAGGAUUCUUUAUGAACUUAUGGAUUUCUUUUUCACUUGCUUUGUAUUUUCACAUUGGAGAAAGAGAAGAGAAAUGUAUAAUUGAAGAUCUUCCCAGCGACACGUUGGUAUUUGGGAAUUACAAAGUACAACGCUGGGAUAUACAAAAACACCAUUUUCUUGAAUCUGCUCCUGGUUUGGGAAUGUAUGUGACUGUCUCAACUCCUUCUGGUGAGGUACUAUUGUCAAAACUGUAUGGGCCACAAGGAACAUUUUCUUUUACAUCCUAUCUCUCUGGGGAGCACGUAAUCUGUUUCCAGUCAAACUCGACAAGACUUCUGGCAAUUGCAGGAAGUAAACUGCGUAUGCAUUUGGACAUUAGAGUUGGAGAGCAUUUUUUUGAUGAAUCUGCUGUUCAAGCCAAAGAAACAGUGGAUGAAGUUAAUAUCAGACUAGAACAUCUAAUUGAGCAAAUUCACCAUGUAUCCAAAGAACAAGACUAUGAAAGAGAACGUGAAGAAAAAUUUCGAAAGACAAGUGAGGAAACCAACAGCAAUAUUUUGUGGUGGGCUAUACUACAAACACUGAUCCUUGUCUCCGUUGGAAUCUGGCAAAUCAAAUCUCUCAGAGAUUUCUUUAUAGCUAAGAAGCUUGUUUAAAUUCUAUAAAGUAAAUGCACAGAUUCAGAAAUUGCACAUCAUGUAACACUGAACAUCAUAAGAAACCUUGCAACUAAAAGAAAAUUGGUUGCAUAGAACUCUCGAGCUUCUCUCAUCUUCUACUCUGAUUCUAACUCUGGUUUCUCCAUCUGUGUCACAACCUUUUAUACCCCCUUACAUUUUAUUCCUUUAAUCCAAUUUUUUAUAAGGUUUUUUCCCCCAUACAGAUGUAAAGCUAAAUCUAGAAGAAAGAUUCAGUGACUAAGGCAGCAUUUAAGUUCAGCUCAGGAUCGUUAUAUCUAAAAUAGAAAUCUAAAAAAAAAAGUUUCCUAGGAUUUAAAAUUUCUCUACUUGCUUAGUGAUGUUACUUGGUACUACCACAAAGAGUUCAGCACUUCAGACUGACCAUGAUUCAGACAGUAGGCAGAGAAAUAACCCAUAUCCCCUGUGGUGAUUAAUUUGGUGAGAGUGUCUUGAACUCAAUCUAUAUAUGGGUAACACCUAAAUGUAAUUGUGACUGCCUUCUUUCAAAAUAUUCAAAGUUUGAACUGAUCAGUGGCAGCAGCAAUUAUCAUGCAAGAGAGAGACCCAGACAAGCAAUUUGGAGUUGUACUUACUUUUCACUUCCAGAUUAGGCUAUAGAAUUGUGAUCAGACACCUCCCACAGUUGCUCAUGUAAAUUAUAGUCUUUAUGAAGUAUGCCAAAAUAAACCAAAUUACAGGGUUUUUUUUGUAAACAAUGCCUACAUUUUGUUCUAAUUCAUUCCUGCAGAAAAUUCUUCAGUCUGUUUCUGUGUUGAGAAUUUUUAUUACUUUAAUUAUUCAGCAACUUCAAUAUGACAGCCUAAGGAACUUACCAGGUUUUGACUUAAUUUUCCAUUUCACUUAUUGCAGCUUGGUUGCAUAUAUCUUUAUGACUUAAUUUACCUAGUUUAUGUACAACUAGCAGUGUAACUACAGUAUCACACAAUGAGAAGUCAAAAGCUCUGGUUAAAAAUCCAGAUAAUUAGCUUGACAAAGCAGCAGUAGUGUAAGGAGGAGUUGGAGGUGGUUACAUAUAAAAACAUGAAACUCGAAGAAGUUUCUAGAGCACUGUGAUAACAGAAUAUUAUGGUUUGUUUUCCUACUUCUCUUUCCAGACCCUUUGCUUAUCUAAAAGGUAGCGAAAGCUGGAAUAUCUGUAAACAAUUACUGUUUUAAAGGCACUGCUUUCUUUCUUUUUUCUAUCUUCUCACUUGUUGUUUUCAUUAGUGAGGAAAUGACAAUGCCCUAUGAGUUCACUUACAUUUCCAGUACAGUAAUGAAAAUACAGCUGUGAGAAUCCAUAAAAUUGAUACAAAGUAGAGACAAAAAGCAACGUUCUACAGACCAAAUCAAUCAAUAAAAUCUUGUAAAGCUACUCAUUGAGGUGUGUCGUACAUUAAAAAAUUCUGAGACUUUAGAGUUGUCACUUGGAAUAACCAGUAAAUAAGUUUUAU